AUGCCUCAUGAUUGGUGCAAAGCCAACGGCCCGUCGCUAUUGAUUAUCGUGAGCGCCGUUUUGGGACUUUGUUUCGGCUUUAUAUUGAAGUCCAUAUUUACAAUAAGUCCCGUUGUGUUAACAUAUAUCGCACUUCCGGGCACUUUGAUUAUCAGGGCGUUCAUGAUGAUCAUUGUGCCCCUCAUUCUAGCAUCACUGGCCACAAGCAUUACUGGCACAAAACGUGGUGAAAAUAAGCGCUUAAUUAUAUGGACAUUUGUUUUGAUUGUGGUAUUUUCGUCAUGUUGUUCAACAUUUGGUGCAAUUAUGGUCUCAAUUAUAAAACCCGGGGUCAGAAACAUGUCUAUGAUUGUGGCCAAUAAGGACAGCCCCAGCGAUGGUCAACAGUCCCACGAGUUUGAUAUCAAACAAAUGAUCUCUAGUCAAGACGAAAGCAUUUAUGAUGUGUUUAUUAAGAGUAAUUGA